UACACCGUGGCGAUCUCUCUCUCCUCCCCGCCGCGCGUCGGGCGGGAACCGCGGACAUGGGCCCCACCUGGAGGAGCCCCGGGCGGGUGCGUCUGGCGCUGUGCCUGGCCGGUUUCCUGCUUUCCGUGUACUCUCUGCACGUGAAGGCGGCGCGCGCCCGCGAUCGGGACUACCGCGCGCUCUGCGACGUGGGCACCGCCAUCAGCUGCUCCCGCGUCUUCUCCUCCAGGUGGGGCCGUGGCUUCGGACUGGUGGAACAGGUGUUGGGAGCAGAUAGCAUCCUCAAUCAAUCCAACAGCGUAUAUGGUUGCAUUUUCUACACGCUGCAGCUGUUGUUAGGUUGCGUGCAGGGCCGCUGGGCCGCUAUCCUCCUGCUGCUGAGCUCCCUAAUGUCCCUUGUUGGGACUGUCUACUUGGCCUGGAUCUUGUUCUUCGUUCUCUAUGAUUUCUGCAUUGUUUGUGUCACCACCUAUGCCAUCAAUGUGGGCCUGACAUUGCUUAGCUUCCAGCAGAUCCAGGAACCCCAGAGCAAGGCCAAGAGGCACUGAGGUCUUACCCAUGCCAGGCUGGCAUUAUCUGCUUUACGUUGGCACAUGAGUCUUGUCCAAGGGAGCUCUAUCUGGUUCCCAAGAAAGCACCGCAUCACGCUCGCUACUCCCUCCAUGAACCAUACACAGAACAAAAGGACCCAGUGUGCCUUUAGCUCUCUCCUCAAGGGCUAGUUUUCAUUAUUUCCCAGGGAAGGAACGUUCUACACAAUAAAAUUUCUUAAGCUGG